AACAUCUACCAUAUUUUCUUCUGGGUUUUGCUAACGACGAAACUGAUGUAGCGACUUGCAGAACAUUUUUUUUAAUGCAACACAGGGAGCCGAACUCCAGUGGAAGGCCUACUCAUUCCUGGCUUGUUUUUCAGCGUUAUUGUAGUAAAGGCCAUGAUAACUGAUACCGUACUUUAUAAUUCGUCGAUAGAACUAUUUUCAUAGUAAUUAUUGAUCGGAUAUAUCGCAGUCCAUGCCUUUUCUUGAAUAAUUUAUUCUUGGCAUUGUGUAAAAUAUCGAUACGAGUGUUUAAUAUGAACUUGUUAUAAGUAGAUCAAUUUUUUUUCUAUGGUUCUUUUGAAGAGAGAAGUUAAGUCGUUUUUAUAACAGUUCUAACAUUCGAAUUCCGCAAACUGUGAAUCAGAUAUACAGCGAAUAUUAGUUAUGUUCCGACCGAAAGAAAACUAAUUCUUGCGGUUAUUAAUUGAAAGCUAACAAAAAUUCUUUACCGGAGCAACCAACUCUUCUUGGAUCUAUACACAUUUAAUUGGAUUUUUAAUAAUAAUGACCGAUUUUCUUGUGUUAUUUUUGGGAAUCGUGGUGCUAACCAGCUUUUGUGAAUCACAACCUAUAGAGGGACCAAUGUUUAUCGUGGAACCACCGAGUACAUACAGUUUUUUGUACAUCCGUGGGGGUGAGCUACCUUGCAGUGCGUAUGGGAGUCCAAGUCCCUCAGUAACGUGGCGCUUUCAAGAUGGCACCUUAGUUACCGAGGUUGAGGGUCUGAGGAAAGUUAAUGCUCUGGGAACCUUGGAAUUUCCUGCAAUAGUUGACAGUCAGUAUGACCAGAGUAUACAUUCCACUGUUUAUGUAUGUUAUGCUGAAAACGAGGCUGGCAUCAUACGUAGUCGAGAUGUUACUGUAAAUGGAGUUCCUUCGCAGUCAUACACCAUAUCCCUUCACGAUGAGGUUGCAAUGCGUGGUAACACAGUAGUUUUCAAAUGCGGUAUCCCAAGUUUUGUCAAAGAUUACGUGGAAGUGACUUUAUGGACACGAAACAAUCAUCCUAUUGUAUCGGGUGGCCGGUUCAGUAUUUUACCGACUGGUGAGUUACACAUACGAGAUUUAACUGCAGAGGAUGAACAAUUUACUUACCGGUGUAACGUCAGAAAUACGCUUAAUGGACAAACAGAUCAAGCACAGGCUACAUUGACUGUAGUCGAUCCUGUCAAUCAUUCACCUCAUAUUAUGAGCAGCCAAGCAAGCUUGACUAAGUUAGUUGGAGACACGAUAGAGAUACCAUGUGUUGCUAGCGGUCAUCCAUUACCGACUUACUCAUGGAAAAAAGAUGGUCGUGAUAUCAUACUUGAAACCAGAAUGGAAAUGCGUGGUGGGAAUCUCGUCAUUAACUACUUACGCCUUUCAGAUGACGGAGACUACACAUGCGAAAUUUCAAAUAAUAAACAGGUUUUAGAAACAGCAAAUGUUCAUUUAGGUGUAAGAGAACCUAUAUCUGUGUAUUUCUAUCCCCAUCAUCGGACGGUGGAUAUUGGCGAUUUCGCAUACUUCAAUUGUUCCGUCACCGGCCACCCAAUCGAUACAGUCAUAUGGUACAAAGACGCAACCUUAUUGGAGGGAUUGCCUGGAGUUAUUAUUUUUGAUAAUGGUACAAUGAUGGUGGACGAAAUGAGAAGAGGCGAUCAAGGAAUGUAUCAAUGUGUGGCGGGAAAUAAAUGGGAGUUUCAAGAGGCAACAAUGCAACUGUCAUUGGGUGCUUCUGCUCCAUCAGUUGUUACAGCAUUUGAAGAGGAAACACUCCAUCCUGGACCAGAUUUGCAUUUAGUGUGUGUUAUUGCUGGCAACCCAUCUCCUACUGUCACCUGGUAUCGUGACGAUUUACAAAUACUUAAAAAUAAACGUAUUGCAAUAAACCAAGUAAUCAACGCCGACCGGGAUGUAGUUAGCUACUUGAACAUAACUCGAUCAAAGGUACAAGAUGGCGGCACCUACCGUUGCCAGGCAUCGAAUGUGAACGGUAUAAUUAACCACCAGGAUAGAAUAAAUAUUUACGGAGCCCCUAUUAUAAGACAAUUUAGAAACAAAACUGCAAUUGCUGGUGAAAUUAUGGAGGUCCGUUGUAUCGCAGCAGGCUACCCAAUUGCUUUCAUCAAAUGGUACAAAGACAGUAGCCUCUUGCCAUCCAACGGUCGGCAACACGUUGAAAUAGAUGGUACACUGCGCAUCGAUGACUUCAAGAAAGGCUCAGACGAAGGAAAAUACUCCUGUGAAGUUGGAAAUGGACUUGGUCAAUCAGACUUUCAAAGUAUCUACAUAGAUGUAAUAGUACCACCAAAAAUUGAGCCAAUGCGGAAUAUUCUGUUACGCGCGGGCGAUCGAAUGCAAAUGUCGUGCUUUGUUACAAGUGGCGACCCACCAAUCUUGGUUUCUUGGUUGAAAGAUGGAAGUCCACUCCCAGAAAACGUUGAUGUGACAGUUCUCCCAGGCCCAAGUAGUAUUCUUUAUGCAGACGCCGCAAUAACUGACCUGGCUGGAAAUUAUACAUGUGUGGCAAAUAAUAGUGCUGCAACUGUUACGUAUACAAACGAAGUUUUCGUCUUCGUUCCUCCGUCGUUUAUCGUUUACCCCGUUGAUACACACGUUAUACUAAACCAUACAGCAACACUGCACUGCAAUGCCAGCGGAUAUCCUGCACCAGAUAUACAAUGGAAAAGAAAAUUGGACAUUGGUGGAUACAACUUUGUAGAAGUUGAAGAGGAUGACAGGAUAUCAGUGAAGGAAAAUGGAGAUCUUGUCAUAGUAGAAGCUGUCGAGGAAGAUGAUGGUUUGUACUUGUGUAGCAUCAGUAAUACAAUAGGAGAAGACAGCCAAACAGCUUUACUUGUUAUUUACAUUCCAGCUAGGUUUGAAGUUUCGGAGGUUAACAUAACUGCAAAAGUGAACGAAGAAGUAAUUUUAGAAUGCAAACCAGAUGGACACAGUGAACUUAGGAUUGAUUGGUUUAAGAAUGAUUUAAUUUAUACAAGUCUUAUGGGAAAAGAUUAUCAAAUUACUACCGAACAAGGUGAUAAUUUCAACUCAAAAUUACGGAUCUUGAAGGCAGCUAGGGAGGAUACUGCUGUAUACACGUGUCAGGCCAGUAAUAUUUACGGAUCAGACAGGCAUACAAUACAUCUUACGAUUCUCGAGCCACCAGAAAGCCCAAUCAACGUUCAGCAAAUAUCGGUGACAAGUAGAUCAUUUACUAUUAGUUGGCAGCCUGGAUUUGAUGGAAACAGCAUGAUAACUGGAUAUACAAUUGAGUACAAAAAUGAUUCUGAUGUUUGGCAAGGUGGUGUACCCCGAGUCCACGUUUUGGCUAAUCUGACACAACUGAGAUACACAGUUACGGACCUUCACCCGGCGUAUGUCUACGUUGUUAGAAUAAAAUCGUUCAAUUCCAUAGGCGUCAGUCCUCUGAGUGAUGAAAUCCUGAUUAAAACACUUGAAGAAGUACCAUGGGGACAACCGUUGAAUAUUGAACUAUCCGCACUUAGUUCAACAGCUAUACGGCUGGUGUGGCGGCAACCUAGAGCUGAUCUCCAAAAUGGAGUCAUCAAAGGGUAUUUUAUACGAUACAAAGAAACUAAAUCCUCUACACCGUCUCAGUCUGUGAUGACGUCAUCAAUAACAAACUUCAUUGAAUCGUAUACUCUCAACCGGCUGCGCAAGUUCACAGAAUAUGCAGUGGAGAUUCGAGCUUACAACGAAGUUGGCGCAGGACCAUGGUCUCAGCAAAAGAAAAUCUUGACCUUAGAAGACGUUCCAAGUCAACCACCACCGUCAGUACAGGCAACCCCUCUAGGGUCAACUGUGAUCCGGGUAUUUUGGUCUACAUUACCCCUUGAUUCAAUUUUUGGUAUCUUACAAGGGUACAAGAUAUUCUACAAACCAGUCAGAGCUGAUGAAGAUGAGGCCGACCUGAUGAUUAAAGUAACCACAGCCCUGACUAGUGACCUGAUUGGUUUGGAAAAAUUCACCAAUUACAGUAUUCAAGUAUUAGCAUUCACACGGAUUGGAGAAAAUGUGUUAAAUUGUUUUGUUUAUUAUCACAAAGAUCCAUCGAUGCCUGCUCGCAUCAAAGCUCAUGCUCAGACCUCAACAAGCGUAAUGGUGUCAUGGCUUCCGCCUCUUCAAAUAAAUGGAAUACUCCAAAAAUACAUCCUAACAAUGACUGCAAACGUCGAAGGUGAAAUAAUUAAAUCAAACUUUACAGUGGACUCCAAUGUCACAAACUAUUUAAUAGAAAACCUGUUAACCGACGUGGAGUACGAUUUUUAUGUAAGAGCCGCAACGAUUGUUGGACCAGGUGAAGCCAGCAACAUUGCCACAGAAAUACCGCCGACGAGAGUUCCAGCAAGAAUAAUGUCCUUUUCAAGAAACCUGACUGUUACUUGGAAGCAAGACGUGACACUGGCGUGCAUACCAGUUGGUGAUCCACGACCGAUGGUUCAUUGGCGAAAAGCUGGCGUCCAGAGUUCGUUAAAAACUGGUAAUGAUUACGAGAUUCUAUCAAAUGGAGCACUGACCAUUUACCACGCAAUGCCGGAAGACCAAGGCAAAUAUAUUUGCCAAGCAAGCAACAGUUGGGGAUCGUCAGAAGAAAUAUUCGUUAAUUUAGAUGUCCUUGUGAGCCAUCCAACUGGAACUCCACCAGCAGCACCAGCCCUUGAGAUCGUGUCGUCAACAACUACUACCAUUCAAGUCAGUUGGAUAUCUAAAAGCAAUGGAGGCAGUGCAUUAUUAGGUUUUACGCUAUUCUACAAAGAACAGCACGACUACGUAUGGGAGCGUAUCAAGGUAAAUUCGACAUUACGUACUUUUAAUUUCAAGGACAUGAAAUGCGGCACACCUUACCAAUUUUAUAUAACAGCUUACAACAAACUUGGAACGAGUGUAGAUAGCAACAAAAUCCGUGCAGAAACAGAUGGUUCAACUCCUAUUGCGCCGUCUACCGACAUGAUUCUUUUGGAAAAGAAUGCAACCCUCUUACGUUUAAACUUGGAAAGUUUUGCUUCUGGCGGCUGUCCAGUUGAAAGUUUCACAGUCCAGCAUAAGUUAUUUGGCCAUGAUAAAUGGAGAAUAGCGGCUAGUAAUAUUCCAACACCAUCAAGCACGUUCAUUUUGGAUGAACUGCAUCCCUCAACAUGGUAUGUCAUCAAAGUUACAGCAGUCAACAGUGCUGGACCCAGUGAUUAUGAAUUCCGUGUUGCAACCAACUCAUACACUGGAGGAACAGUUCCACCACUUGUGUUGGAAAGCAAGCCCGAGGAGCAGGGACUUCCAUACUAUGGUGAUCCUAAAAUAUUUGUACCAGUUCUUGGCGGACUUAUCUUGUUUAUUCUACUAUGUAUCAUAGCUAUAGUGCUUUAUAGACAUACAAAUCAUUGGAAAACAAAACAAGCUACAACAAUCUCCGCAGAAGGAUGUAUGAUGACAAUAGACAUGGAGUCACAUAUAAGGCGGGACGACAUAGGAUCACCGAAUGAACAUGAACCAUUCCUCGGAGAAGGAGGAACACCAUUAAAUAAUCUAAAUAACUCAACUAAAAAUUGGAUAUUUUCACCAAAUGAUGAUAUAGAUGCAUGCCAUUCUGUCAAUCUACCUGUGAACGACCCUAACAUCAACAGCAUAUCCCCUGUAAGCUUCACAACAUUUCAAUAUCCAAGUUCACAAGAAUCUACACAAGGAGCUGUCGGAGGCGUGUUUAGUAGGCCUACAGCUAAUGAUAGUCCUUACCAUAAUAUUGCAACAAGAGGCCUAGCUGGCAAUGAAAACGUGAUGACGUAUGAUUCAAUAGUGACGUUUCAACAAUUACGCCCACCGCCAUUACCAGAGAGACCGCCAGACCUUUACUCGUAUUACAGAAGCACACCCAAUCAUUUGAAUAUUGCAACACAAAAUUUAUCAAUUAGUAGAAAUUCAAUGGACACCAGCUACUCGUCUGCCCAAGAAGAACUGACGUCACACUCAGCAAAAAGGCGUACCCUGUCAUCGAAUAGGACGCACACGAUAUACAGAAGCAUAGACGCACAACAUAGUUCAAGCAACAGUGAUUUAGACACAGGGAUUAGGAAUUCUUUUGUAAGCCUAGCAGAUCCACCGGUUGAUACAGAUUCAUCAUCUCCAGAACAACUUAAAAAACAAGGAGCCAGACCACGAGAGCGCAUGUUUAGAAGCCAGACAAUUCAUUCAAGUGACGCAUGCGAGUCAGACGACCAGUUAGAUGAUAGAUAUUCGAAAUGUUACAGACCUUCCCGGGCAAAGAGUGGAAACAGAGGGUCGCGGAAAUCAAAUACUUCAACAAAGCCUAAUAGCAGAUCUAAAAGAAACUCUGGUAAAUCCAGAAGGCAUGGUAAGCGACCAAGCAAUCAAACAAAUAUUACGUCAGAAAGCACUGCCGAACAGUCCCGUGCAUCAGAUGGAUCGCAGAAGUACGAGGCUGGCGAAUGCAUGCACCGUCAUUCAGGCGAUUUCAUGCAAGGCGGCAUGAGGUAUUACGCAACCAGAAUCAAUGGAUUUAUGAGUGAGCCUGAGCAGUCUCGGUCGGCGAGGAAGCAUCGUCCCCGUCGACAAGCGUCAACGCCGGCGCCUCAGUCGAAUCCUGCAUUAAGUAGGCCUAACGCCUGCAUCCCUGACGGUACCAUUGUUGGUCAACGAAAACGAUUGUCCAGAUCCCCACAUAAAGGCUUAUCAACCGAAGAUAGUACAGACCAUAACGAAAUAGAAAUCGAGAUGUUGUCGCAGGACCAAUUAACUGACACGUCGGGAAACGGCUACGUCGAGGAAUUCACUAUAGUUUGAGCACGUAGUCUAUGGUAGUCUAAGACUUAUUUAAUUAUAUAGAAUACCCUUCAUGCUGCAUUAAUCAGUUUGGAAUCAUCAGGUGCUAGUUUUUAUAUAUGUUUUGAGUAUUUCAAUUUAUGCAACGUUUAAUGCGGAAUGACGAGAAUGUUUUAAAAAAUAAAUUGAUAAAUAUUGUAUAACAUUGUUUUUGUUAAUGUAUUGUACUACCUAAGUGUCCACCUAAUUUCUAAAUUGUAUACUUUUUAAUAGACAAAUGUUUAAUGAAAAACGCUAGUUAUAGAUAAAUGCAUUUAUAAAGAUUGAAUAUUAAGUAUUAGGCGUAGAAAUGAUCUUUAAAUAUAUUUAUUUCCCGCCAUAUUUGUUUUAUAAAGAGUUGAUAUUUUUUAAAUAAUGUAAGUAGGCCUAUGUGCAGCUCGACAAGUAUAACUGAUACGACAAAGGAAACGCAAUAAUUAGCUACAAUAUGCUGUCAAUGUGCCGUAAUGUUAAUUGGAACAUUUGCUGUACUCUGUUAAAUUCAAAGACUCAAUAAUAGUAUUAAUUAAAGUAACUUCCAUAAUUUAAUUUAAUGAGUAACCUAAUAAUUAAUGAUAUUAAUUUACACCAUUUAUUUAUACCAUUUAUACUGGUAUUCAGAGCAAAAUAAUCUUAGGAUAGACAAGUAAAUAAAGGGAGGGAUAGAUAAAUUAUUAAAAGGAGGUAAAAUGGAGGGUGCGCAUGUGCUGGACCAAUCUUGUUAUAACCUAAUUACAUUUUUACCCAAAUGUACAAUGCUAUAGAUCGCUUGUAAAAUUAUGCACAAGAAGGCAUAUUACCAAUUAAACUAACCUGAAUUCAAUUUUGAAGUAUAAUUUGCGCAAUGCUGAAAUAGUUAAAUUACAGAAUUAAAAGUUAUAGAAGAAAAAGUAAUAAUCUUUAGUUAACACCCAUGGUGUACAUCAAUACCAAAGUUAUAUGUGAUUUACUAUUAUUCAUUGCGUAUUACGCAAUAACUUGAGAAAAAAUAAGCGUGUCUUAAUGGGAAGAUCCAAGGGUGUGUACCAUUUGGUCUCCCUACUCAGUUGGUAGAUUAUUCGAACGGUAAUCGGAAGGUCUUGGGAUCGAAUCCCGAUAGGGACAUACGUUUUUCUUAAAUUAUCAUCUUUAAUUAACACCAGUGGAGGUGUAUAUCCAUACCAAAGUUACUUUUAUACAUAGUAUAAAAGCAGAUGCCAGUAAGAGCGUGUGUCUGUUGUCAUGUGUAAGUUGAGUCACUUAUUUUGCAUUCGUGAAUUCUGAUACAAUGAGGAAUCAUCCUCAGACGAUGGUAAUAAUAUGAAGAUCUUCUGAUAAAUUCCAGAAAAUUUAAAGAGGUUUAUAAAAAUAUUGAUUUACGUUUUAAAACAAUGAAAUAUUCUUAAGGAUAUUAAACAGCGGUGCUGGAAUUAUCAGUUAAUCUGCAUUAUCUAAUGUCAAUAUAAAAAAUGCAUGAAAAUAUGCUUGUUAUAGCAUUUAAAAGUGAUCGUAAGUCUGGCGUUUAAUGUAUCGAAAGUAUAAAUGACGCAUGACAUGAAUAAAAUGCUUCUUUAUAAAAUGAAUGCGAAUGUGUCAAGAAAAAAAUUAAAGUAUAUUCCACCCAAAAAAACAAUUGGAAAGUAGGUAAUAUUUAGUGAACUAAAGCCGAGUCAGAAGCGCACAAGCAGAAUAAAAAUGAAAUGUAAAUAUGGCUGUAUAUGAAAAAAUAUGAAUAAUUAUGGGUCUGCAAAACAUAUGUUACGCUUAUCAUGGUUUAUUAUUGUUUUACCUUAGAAAUGCAUUAAUAAUGUAAGCCUAGGUAAAACAAAUUUCAUUGUUCUCAUGUUCGAUCAAUUAAAAUAACGUAUUCUUGAUUCUUAUGCCUAUGUCAAAAUAUCUAUGUUAUUGUUUAUUUGUUUGUGGAAACAAAUACAUUACUGCCGAAAUACAUGUCA